UGUGCAUUAAACAGCUGUUUGGUAAAGUUUUUCAGCGCGUACAAAUUGUUAAGUUUAAGUUUAUUAUAUUACAACACAAAUUGAGCGCUCAAACGUAUAAUGUUGCGCAACCUAGUGCGCAGCUUUGAAUGCACGCUCAAUCUGCAGCGCCACACUCAAGCAGCACGCCUGCUAAAUAGAUCAACAACUGCACGCCGUGCACUCUUUACACAAUACGAAUGCGAGAGUCGCUCGAAAAACAAGCAGCCAGUGUUGGCUACGGCAACGGCCAGGCUUAGUAGCCAUGUCACGCCCCCGUCCAGCGAGGCGGACAAUGAGUAUGUGCCGUAUCGUGCGGAGGUGGAAUCAGGCAGUCGCCUGGGUAUCUUAAGUGCAGCACUACGGGAACGCUUUCGCCUCACGGAAGAUCAAGUGAAGCGUAUUGUGAACGAUGAGCAAGUGCAGCGCAGCUAUCGCAAUCGCUGCCUAACUGAAACGCUGGACACGCUAAUGCUAGAGGGCGUCAGCAAGCACAGUUUCUUGGAAUAUCCCUGGCUGCUGGUCUUAGAUCUGAAACGUCUGGGCCUCAAGCUACAGCUAAUUAAAUCCAUGCAUGUGCGCGACAUUAACCACUUUGUUCCCUUUCUGCGUCUCACGGUGCCACGCCUGCGCAAGCUGGUAAGCGCUUUGAAUGCAGAAUCCAGCGAAUUACCGCAAAAGAAUCGUGUUUACUACAUCAGUGAGAAACUGGACGUUAGUCCAGAAAUAGUCACCAAAUAUCUGUCGAAACGACUGUUCAUACUGGAAAUGCCAUAUGAAAUGUUUGAGAAGAACUUACAGCACAUGAUACACUACAAUGUAUCGCCCAUCAAUAUACUAAAAGAUCUGUGGGCCUUUCGCUAUACGCCCAAAUCGGUGGAGCUGCGCUUGGAGCGCGCUCAACGUGCCAAAAAGGAUAAAAUAAUGCCGUGGAUGGUGCGUUGCCCGGAACCUAUACUGCAACGCUCGCUGAAGCUAUCGCUGGACGAGCUGAAAGUCUUGGGCAAAUUCUCCUCUGUGGUGGAGUAUGUAGCGCAUCGUUUGGGCUUUACCGUUAGCGAAACAAAGGCCAUUAUGGACCGACAUCCGCAAGUGCAUACAGUACGCGUUACCAAGAUUAAAGAAGUGCUGGACUAUUUGCUUGAUGAGGCCAAAUUUACGCGCUUUGAAAUAGCUCAAGUGCCGCGCAUUUUAUGCCACAGCCUAAAGACAACACGGCAGCGCGUUGAGGAGUUGGCAUCGUUUGGCUGUCGACCCUCCUCGCUGGUCAUAUUGUGCCGCAGCAGGCGGGAAUAUGCCAAAUUUUUGCAACAAUGGAACAAUCAGCAUGACAGUACGCCCCCAAAGGCAACCGAUAAACAUCAGUUGAGUAGGUGUUCUCAGCUACUACAAAUCCCGGAAUGCUCACCUGGUGGUACGCCUCCCAGAUAAUACACCGCCU